UAAACAAAAACAAUGGAAAACCACGAGCAGCUUUGCAAUGGAAAAAAGAUAAUAUUAAAAGCAGCAUGGCAACGGAACAUCAACUGACAGAGAUUACGGAUAGAGAUGAUUUGCGGGAACUGCAGCGGCUAUAUCUGAGAGACUGGCCGAGGCACUGCGUGGGCUACUUCUGGCUGGACAACUAUUUGAGGUGGCUGAAAGAAGAUCCACAAAUCGGGCACCUGGCCUUCUACACGCUGGACACUGACUGGCAGAGCGACGGGUUGUUUCUACUCGUGCAUCGCUACCAACUGUUCUUUUGUAACCUGAGCAGACGCGGACCACAGCUAGAAGUGGCGCUGAGGCUGCUGGACUGGUCAGGCGGCUACAAAGUGAGCGCGAUACACGAGGGGCAUCAUCUGGUGUACAGGCAGCUGCUGGCAGAGCUUCAGCUGGGAAUGGAUCGAGAGAUGAACACAAUUAUGUUCCGUCUGCCCUGGCAGGCGGCCUCGCAACUGGACAUCGAGUGUCCCCCUGGCUACUACUUGGACAAAGUGCGGCUGGAGCAUGCGGAGCUCAUCAAUGAUCUGUGGUCUGCCCGCCAUCCAGGCAGCCUGUACCUCAUUCAACUGCUGAUUUCAAAUAACACAAACAUGGGACUGUAUGAAGAGGAAACUGGAUUGCUGUGUGCCUGGUGUUUGAGACUGCAAAGCGGCUUCCUGGGCGCCCUGGAGGUACGCAAAUCCCACCAACGUCGCGGCCUGGGCGUGAUUGUAGCCGCAGCCAUUUCCCAAGCCAUAGCCAAGGACCUGCAGCAGGAUGUGACGGCUCUAGUAAAUUUAAGCAACGAGGCUGCCUGCCGCCUGUUCCAGAAACUGCAGUUUACGUUGGUGCAGGGCGAGCACUACUACUGGAGCAUGAGCCUACCCAAGGCGGGCGGGCAGAUAGACUGGCCCAACAAUGAAUAAACACUGAUAGCAGAUAGAGGGAUCUCUGAUAAAGCUGAUAAAGACGCAGACGUAGGCCAAACUUCCAUAAAAUGCCCAAAGGGUUCCACAUUUGGCGGACAGUUGCGAGAAUGGCGUUCCUCCAGAAAGUGGGCAGCCAGGACCUGGAGCAUCUGCUGAAACUGUACUCGUGCGACCAGCCCAAGUACUGCACGGAGCUCCAGUGUC